UGUACCAUCAGCGAGGGAAAGAAAGGAUAAAAACCCACCCAGUAACAGGGGGGUUAAAACUGGAGAUCACAAGGGUAAUGAAAAAGGGGGUCACGUAAUGGCAUAAAGUCACUGCCAUUAUUGAAGUUGGUGAAAGAAGAAAAGAAAGAAAGAAAUCGAGAAAAGCUUUAAAGGACGAAAAAUUCCCGAAGUCUCGUAACAUACCAAAACCCUUGCGAUCUCCAGUUUCAAACCCCCUGUUACCCCCUUGUUACUGGGUGGGUUUUUGUCCUUUGUUUGUUGGCUUCCCUGGUCUGGACCAAACCGGGCAGCUUGCUGUUGGAGAAGAGACCAGGCUCGCCUCCAGAUUCUUCCCCUCUGAUCGAGGCUGCCAGGCUGCCGUGUUGGCAAGGGACUCGACGUUGAGGCAGGAACGACCCCGCUUGACCAGAAGGUCCCCUCUCUCCAGGCUUGGUCUCCGGUCUUGGUCCCCAGUCUUGGUCCCCAGUCUUGGUCUAGAGUCUUGGCCGCACGGGUGGUGCUUCUCGCCGCCCGCCCUCAUCCUUCCCGAUCGGAUCGAUGCCAGCCCUCCCACUGCUGCGCGCCACCAAUCCAUGCUGUGACAUGCAUGUGAGCGAGGCCUGCCCGCGGCCGAGAAAUGCAUUCAGCCAACAAGCAGGCUGAGCAGCUCUGCGGCAAAGAAGAGUGCGGGCGCAUCUGCUACACACCAUGUCAGCAAGACCCCAUCCCCUCCCCCAACUGACGCACCCUUGCCUGCCCUUGCCUGCGCCCAGUUUCGGACCCCUCGGCCGCGGAUCUGGCCCGUCUGGAAUAAAACACCUGGGGUCUGGCGUCGCCCGCCUCGUCCGAACCAACUGCACUCGCCUGUGCAAGUCGAGAGGGCCAAACAAGCCAGCUGAACCGCAAAGAAAGAACGGGAAACCGUCCCACCUGAGCACUGCCACCUGCAGGGACCGCGUCUUUCAAUCCAGCCCUUGGGGUCAAUCUUGGUCCAAAUCACGAUCGAAACCGGCUGCCAACACCGACAUCAACAUCGACGCCGCUGGACGGAUUUGUCUUGUCUACAGCCUCUCCGCCGCAACCUUCUCUGCCUAGGCUGCUGCUCUCUUGCCUCGGUCCGCGAUCACUUGGGCUAGCUCCCAUUUUAGAGUGCCCUUAGCCUCCCUCCGCCUUGGCUCCCGAGUGAAGCACUCGCAACAACCGACCGCCGCCAUGGGACGUGCCCCGACGAGUGGCAACUGCCACACAUGCCGCAUGCGCCGCGUCAAAUGCGACCGCGCCCGUCCGACCUGCGAGCGCUGUAUCAAGGCCGGAUACGAAUGCAAGGGCUACGAGACGGUCCUCCGCAUCCAGAGCCACUCGGUCGUCGCCGGCGCGAAGCCCGGCACCGCCCGCCUGGCCAAGAUCCAGACCGUCUCCUCCUUCCCUGCCACCGGCCCCGAUGAGACACCCAUGUCGUCGGCCAAGGCCAAGCGCCAGCAGCAACAGAAACAGCUGGUCCGCGCAAGGCAAGCCGCCGCCGAGCAGGCCCAGCGGCAGCGGCCCCAGAGCCAGUCCUCCGUUACCAGCAGCUCCGACAGUCGCACCCGCAGCUCCCGCACCGCCAGCUCUUCCCCGCCGCCCGAGCUGUCCCUGACCGGCUUUGUUGAUGACAUUGCCUUUUCCUACUUCUUCGAUUCGUAUGGUUGGAUCAACAUGCACAGCAUAAUGCUGCAAGACUCGGGCAUCCGCAACGCUCUCUCUGACGGCAACAUGGCCCACGACAGCCUGCGCGCCCUCGCCUACGGUCUGCUGGGCAAGGACCGUCACAUCCAGAGCCUCCAGUCGCAGGGCGCCCGUCUGUACGGCAGCACGCUCAGUAAGCUGCGCGCCAAGCUGUCCACCCAGAGCAAGGACGAGCUCGCCUCCCUGAUUAAACCAAUUGCCAUUAUGGGCUCGUACUUGAUCUCGGUCGAGAACGAUUUGCGUUUCACCCAUCACCGCGGCUUGUCUCGUAUACUAGAAUACUGCGGACCCGAGUACUUCCAGUCGCCUUCGCUUUUACCCGUGUUCGACUCGUGCCGCUUGACCAUGAUCUCAAACAGCAUUGUCCGUCGGACACCGUCCUUCUUGGCCAAUGAGGAGUGGAAGACGGUCCCUUGGGCCAAAGCGCCACAUCUCAAAACCUGGACCAGCAAGCUGCUCGACCUGAUGACCGAAAUACCCACCGUGAUCUCGGGGGUUCUCAAUCUCAUGGGCAAUCGCAUAAUGUGGUACAACGCUGGCUUCCCGACUGAGCGCGCCGAGGACCCUGACGUCGUCCCGUCCCUGCAACGACGCGUCGAAGUGCUCAAGGAGAAGCUCGCAAACUGGCGCAUCCAAUGGGAAGCUGCCCACCCGGACCUGGCUGCCAAGGCGCUAGCCUGGGCCUUCAACCUGACCGACGAUGACCAGUACCGCCCGGGCGUAAUGGGCUUCGUGGGUCCCGACUUGUACGACCAUUCGGUCCUCAACGGCUCCAGCAUCCCACCACCGGCCUUCCUUCGGCGAGACCAGGCUACCUUUACGCUCAUGCAGGAGGUGACACUGUACACGACGGUGCUGAUCUGGACUGCCCGCUUGACAAAGUACCUUGCCGGCGCUGCUCUAUCGCACACCAACAUCGACUUUUACAACUCGGCCUUCUCUACUACUUGCACCUGCUGCACCUCCAAACUUGCCGACAUGUGCGACACGGUCCCGGAAUCCGACGCCGACGUCAUGCACGUGAGUGUUCAGAACCCAGACAUGUCGUGGAACGUCACCGCAGCCCGCAUCGCUAUCGCCCCUGUUAGGGUCUCGUCCUCGGACGCGAACCCCGUGACCCUCAUCCCCGUAUCACCCUCACCAUCGCCCGAGAGGGAUAUUGGGCACGAUAGCCCGCCCCGCAGGGAAGACCAGGAGAUGGGCCCGGAUCAACCUCUAUAUGUCAGGUCGUUGCCCCUGCUCCCAUCGUCUCCACCUCAGCAGCAUUUUCCCCGAUCCCCGCCGCUGGAAGCCCCAUCGCCCCACAAUGGUCGGCAGCAGCAGCCAGAGAGACACCGCCACGACUCUGUCUUCAUCGACGGCGUUGUUCAGACGUCGGAGCCGACCCUACCUACUCCUCCAUCCUCGGCCACCUUCGUCGGCGGCAAGGGGGGAUUUCCUCAACGCGCGGCGGCGGCGGAGCCCCAGACCCCGCUCAACUCUGUCAAGACGAACCCGCCCAUGCUGCUGCCGGGCGAUGUUCGCUUCAUCAGCCAGCUGCGCAUUCUCAGCUGGCUUACAGAUUGUUUGCCCGCCAGCCGACCUCAGGUGCUCACCACCCUUGCGUCCAUCGGACUUGGCCAUUGUGGCCACGAUGUCCGUCCCGUCGACGGUCUACCUGAAGUGGCCAAUGUCGUCCGCAAGGCCUUCUCCCGCACAAACUUUGAGAACGCCGACCACGUCCUGCUGAGGAGGUACCGCUAAAGUACGGCCUACGGCAGAUUGGCGCGCAAGCCCGGCCGCCAUUUACUCUAUCUUGAUUACCGACUUGCUUUCUAUAUGCCCUAUCAUUUCUUCUUCUCUAUCUUUUUCACUUUGUCUUCAAUCUGAUGCUGGGUCAGCGGAUGGCAACGGAUUUGGUUGGUACGGAUUUGUUCUGACAUGGGUGUCGACGACUGGGUGUGCAAAGCGUGAUAGCAAAAUCGGGUCUCGGGACGCAAUAAUUGGAUAGCCGUGUUUUACUUUGAUUUUCUCAGCGGGCAAUUCUGGGUUUUCACUGCGAUUUGGUUUUGUCCGUGUGGCUCCUUGGCUUUUCUCCUUAUUUUUCUUUAUUAGGCUUGGACCUCGUCGACGGCGGUGCGCUUGUUUCAAGCACCUUUUCUCUGGCGGUUCACAUCCCAGUCAGUGUCUGGUCUCUCGUUUGAAGCAUGUUUUCUUUGCCCUCGCCACCACACUCAUUUUGCUUUCUCGUUUUGAUGUGUGAAGGAUGGAAAUCCCGUUCUUACGGCUAAAAUACGCCAGUUCUCAUAAACGCCAAGUACAGGUGCAAUCAUUCGCUCCAACACCUCCUGGGUAGGCAGUCUCUGCCUGGUGCAUACUUUUGGCCGUUUCUGUGGUGAGCUUGUAUAUUGCGAUAGUAUGUUGAAAAAGGCAAGCCGUUACUGCAAAGCUUGUUGUACGCUCGCAAUGUGCACGUUCCUCUUCGUUGAGCCCAGUUAGGAGUAAAGGCGCCAUAUAAAAAGAGUUUUCUUCCGUCUUCUAUAUGCAAAUGAAUUCGUUUCACC